AUGUCGUGGUAUCGCGACCCCACAGACCCCACCCACGGCUACUGGGGACCCAUAACAUCCACUCUCCACUGGUGCGAACAGAAAUACCGUUUCUCGCCCUACGUCGCCGAACCCGUCAACACCGUCACCAACGUCUUCUUCAUCGCCCUCUCCCUGUACGGCUUUCACGUCUCGCGUCGCGAACGCCUUCCGCUUCGAUGGUCAAUAUGUCAUCUCGGCGUCGCACUCGUCGGAUUCGGUUCCGCACUCUUCCACGGAACCUUGCUCUACUGGACGCAGCUGCUGGAUGAACUGCCGAUGAUCUACACUUCUGCAUGGUUGACCUACUGUGUCUGCGAAACGUCCAAGGGAUACGGGAAGCCGAGGUUCAGGUUGUUGUUGCCGUUGACGUUGACCCUGUUGGUGGUGUGGAUCACGGUGGUUUACGUGUGGAAUGGGAAUCCAGUGUUCCAUCAAGUCGCUUACGCCAGCAUUCAAAUCGUCUCCACUGUACGCGUCAUCUACCUCCUCCGGAACAGCUCCCAACACAACUCUACCGCUGCAGGAAAACAACGCAAGAAGGAAAUUCAGAAGUUGUACCUCUUCGGUGCAAUCGUCUUCCUCACAGGUUUUGCGAUCUGGAACGUCGACAACAUCUUUUGCUACCAGCUGAGACAGGCCAGGAAAAAAGUCGGCUAUCCAGCAGCAGUGCUGUUGGAGGGACACGGUUGGUGGCACGUGCUGACCGGUUGGGGUGCGUAUUGUCUCAUCACAGCGGGUAGCCAGCUGGGCGUGGGGGAGAAGGAGGACGUGGGCAACUUUAGGUUGCAGAAUGGAUGGUUCCCGGUGGUGAAGAGGAUCAAGGAGUAUAAAGCGGGGGGUGGCAGGGUGGGCAAGAAGAAGGCGUGA